UUUACCAAGAGAUCAGCUAUGGAGCAACUGAGUCAAAGCAAAGACACUCAGAUUUUUUGGAAACAUAUUUUAAAAUUGCACAAAAUGAAAUAUAUUGGAUUAUGGCCACUACAUCUCUCCUUAAACAUUUUGGAUGGAACUGGGUUGAUAUUAUUGUAUCUGAUGAAGGCGGCAGAGAAUCAGAAUUGUUGUAUCUAACCAAAGAAUUGGACAGACAUGGAAUCUGCACUGAAUUUGUCCUAAAAUCUUCCAGAAAGGUUGUUUUUCAUAAACAACGAAAUAUCAUACAGAAGUCGACAUCUAAGGUGAUCAUAAUUUGUGGACAGUUUUCUAUUGCUCUUCUCGAGUUAUUGAAUAUAGAAGUCAUUCACAGAGACAGGACUCUAAUCUUCAGCGAAUCUUGGUUUAGUCACUUUCAUGUGAUAUAUAUUUAUCACCAAGUAACCAAUUGUAGUUUAAUUUUGGUUCCAAUUAACAAACCUGUCCCGGGCCUAGACACAUUUCUGAGUAAUAUAAACCUUAUAAAUAAUCCAAAUGAUCCUGUACUGGAAGAUAUAUAUUACUUUCAUGGCAAUUGUUCUUUGGCAAAUGUUCAUAAGCUGCGCAUAUUAAUGAGAUAUAUAAAGCGUCCUGUUAGAGAUUGCACCAGUAUUGAACAUAAUUUUGAUUAUCUAUUACUUUAUUUAAAUAAUACAUCAUACCACUCUGUAUACACUGCGACACUUCUCCUGGCUCGUGCUAUUCAUGACAAGAACGUCUAUCUGAAAUUGAACUAUACAGGAUCGAGAGAUCGUGAUCACAGCUGGAUGACAAAGUAUUUUCUUAAGAUAAUGAAUUAUAUCGAUUACAAGGGUGACAAGAUUUCCUUCACCGAGGAGAGACAACUUAACUCACAAUUGACAUUACAAAUGGUUGACUUGGUGAUACAAGAUUAUACAAUAUUGUUUCUGAACGCAGGGAACUAUUCCACUACAGAAGAUCGGCAAUUCUUUGUUCCAAACGAAAACAUCAUAUGGAAAAAUGGCAGAAUGCCACAGGGUCGGUGUAAUGAUCCGUGUUCUCCAGGAUACAGAAAAGCUCCUAAUGGAGGAUAUCACGUCUGCUGCUAUGACUGUAUGCCGUGUUCUGAGGGAGAAAUAUCCAAUAUAACAGACAGUGAAAUCUGCCAGAGAUGUCCUGAUGAUGGAUGGCCUGAUGAGAGGAAAGUAAAAUGUGUCCCUAAAACAUAUACAUUUCUUUCCUAUGAGGAUGAUAUUGUGACCAUUUCUAUAUUCACGUCUUUAUUAUUAUCUGCUGUAACCAUUAUUAUACUAGGAAUCUUCAUGUAUCGCUGGGACUCUCCCAUUGUGAGGGCCAAUAACCGGACUGUGAGCUUCAUCCUCCUGGUCUCCAUCUUGUUGAGCUUCCUCUGUGUCUUCUUGUUUCUUGGUCGUCCUGUGGAUAUAACCUGCAUGCUGAGACAGACUGUAUUUGGGAUAUUCUUCUCUAUCUCUGUUUCUUCUGUGCUCUCCAAAACUCUCACAGUCUGCAUUGCCUUCAAAGCAACAAAACCUGGAAGCGUCUGGAGGAAGCUGAUCGGUGUGAAGACAUCUUCUUAUGUGGUGGGGAUUUGCUCCUCAAUCCAAGUUCUCAUUUGUGUUUCUUGGAUGUCUGUUUCUCCUCCAUAUCAGGAGUUUGACAUGACUACCUAUACAGAUCAGAUCCUUAUUCAAUGCAAUGAAGGGUCAGAUAUCUGGUUCUACUCCAUGUUGGGUUAUCUGGGGUUCCUGGCAGCUGUGAGUUUUGUUCUGGCUUUCAUGGUGAGGACAUUACCGGACAGUUAUAAUGAGGCCAAGUACAUCACCUUCAGCAUGCUGGUGUUCUGCAGUGUCUGGAUUACCAUGAUCCCGGCUUAUCUGAGCACCAGAGGGAAAUACAUGGUGGCUAUGGAGAUAUUUGCUAUACUGGCCUCUAGUGCUGGGUUAUUAGGCUGUAUAUUUCUACCUAAAUGUUAUAUAAUAAUGAUGAAACCUGCAAUGAAUUGUCAAAAUAAAUUUAACAAGUAA